CGGCAUCCACGGAGCGCACGCACAUCCCACGGCAGCAACGCGCCGCGUUGGGAAGGCAGCGGGAAGCAGGGAUACAGCCCCCUGACCGCCCCACCGACCCCUUUCUGGUGGAGAAAACCCACUGGUGCAAUGACCGGCAGAAACUGAGGAGCGUUUGGAGCUGUCUCUUCCUUUGCAGAUCCUGCCUACAUUUUUGUUUUUUUAUCCGAGGACACCACUAUAUUGAAUUGCUUUUAAUUUGCAGUGUACCCCAAUAAGAGGUACCUUAAAGUUCUUCUCCUCACUGCAAUCACUUCUUCARCUGCAGAGUAGAAAUACCUCAAGGACUCUCAGCUUCCUCAUUCAGCAAGAUCUUUCUUUCUGUCUGACAGCAUCUGAAACACUAAGAAACAUGCCUGAGCAAAGCAAUGAUUACAGAGUUGUUGUGUUUGGGGCUGGAGGAGUCGGCAAAAGCUCUUUGGUCUUGAGAUUUGUGAAAGGUACUUUCAGAGAGAGCUACAUCCCUACAAUUGAAGACACCUAUCGGCAGGUGAUCAGCUGUGAUAAAAGUAUAUGCACUUUGCAGAUCACUGACACUACUGGAAGCCAUCAAUUUCCAGCCAUGCAACGUCUUUCUAUUUCUAAAGGGCAUGCAUUCAUUUUGGUUUACUCAAUUACCAGCCGACAGUCCUUGGAAGAACUCAAACCCAUCUAUGAACAAAUCUGUCAGAUUAAAGGAGAUGUAGAAAGCAUUCCAAUAAUGCUGGUGGGGAACAAAAAUGAUGAGAACCAAAAUAGAGAGGUGGAGAGCAGUGAAGGAGAAGCCAUGGCCAAGAAAUGGAAGUGCGCCUUUAUGGAGACCUCUGCCAAGCUGAACCAUAAUGUGAAAGAGUUAUUCCAGGAGCUGCUCAACCUAGAGAAACGCAGGACUGUGAGUUUACAGAUUGACGGCAAAAAAAGCAAGCAGCAGAAAAGGAAAGAGAAGCUGAAAGGCAAAUGUGUGGUGAUGUGAAGUUGCAUUGCCAUGAGUCAGUCACACAGUCCCAUCUCUCUGACAAAAGCAGUGUGAAACCAAUAGAAGACAGAGAAUCAUACAAGCAUCUCUUUAUUAGCAUCUGUUUUAAAAGAAAUAUUUGGAAUUUGAAAAAAAAAAGUGUUACUGUGGUUACUGGUAAAAAGCCAACAAUUCAACCAUCAUUUGCUCCUGCUAUGAGUUUAAAAAAAAUCAAGACUUCAAAAACAACACAGACUAGGAUAUUUAGUUUUAUAAUUAAGAGAAGAAAACAGUUUCCAUCUUUACCAUACUGCGGAAGAUUUGGAAAGUCAACCUCAUAAUCUUUAUGUUUGUAUAUAACUGCAAUGGAAGGCAAUGUAUCUAUAUAACAUACUUUUAGAAGAAAAAGCAACAAAUGCCCAUGAGGAAAUCUAGAAUGUAUAAAUGCAUGCUGGAUUAAAUUAUCAUGUCCUUGAAGAAUGCUGCCGAUAAAGCAUUCUAUACAAUUUACAGUUCCAGUACUGACUGCCAUGUGAAUAAGAAAGGUGGUCUUGGAUCUGCUGGAUGGAUGGACUGUUUUGCCCUAAAGGGAAGUAUGGAGGUAACACAGUUAAAAGCAGGUUCUCUCCACCUCCCACGGCAUGAGAUGUCCUUCUAAUCUGAUGCAGUGCUUGAGUGGAUGGAYAGGGAAAACCCAGGAGAGCUGGAGAUGAUUCCUUUUCUGGACACAUCAUGUCAAGAAUCACUUCUGGCCCCAGGAUGUAUCAGAAUAGUAGAUGUUUGCCUUUGUCAGACUGUUUACAAGUGAUAUGCAUAUAUGAACUGAAAACUUCCCAGAGGGACAGGCUGAGAAAUCUCCUACAAACUAUGGAAAACUCUGUUGAUAGGUAGCUGGCAUGAGUAUUGGAUAACUGGAAGUGUGUUGAAGUGGUAGCGCUGUUGGAGAGCAGUCAGUACAGUAAACAAAGUUUUUAUUCAGAUGACCAGAUUAGCCAAGCAACAUUUCUUUAUGUUAAUACAUUUUAAUUAGAGUGAUUUUGCAUUCAUGCUAAACAUCUGAUACACAGAUUUAUGGCCUUUAUAUUGUCUAAAGGAUUUUGUAUUUACCAUCCAAACUCAUGCUUUGAACUGCUGCGACUAUUUGUAGAACCAAAUCCUCCAUCUUGAGGUAGGCCCAGAAAGUCUCUAUUGGAAGAUCUGCUGAGAUUACUACAGGAUUUGGCACAUUAAAAGUUGCAUUCAGAACUGUUUUACAAUGCAAUACAAGGUUCAAAAUAGAAAACAACUGCUUCAAGCUACUGUGCCAGAGGAAACUGCUCUUCUCAAAAUCUUUGGAA